AAGCGUCGCGUCGCGUUCCGUCCGCGGAAAAGCAUUCCAAGAUUGCAUCUUAAGCAAGAAGGAAGCAGAAGAAGGGAAGGAAAAGCCCGCGACCCAACCACCGUGUCGGCAGCAAGAGACUGGAUCGAGCUGAGCUCGUCGUCGGCAAGUGGUUCUUGACUUCUUGGGUCUUGGUUUUCUUGGUGCCUCCCGUCUCGGUUUCCGUCGCGCCGUUCACUUCCCGAGUCAAACUCGGAUUGACCUCGAGCUGAACUGGGUCGCGACUGGCGAUUUGCUCAGUGCCCAUUUCGUGAGCUCCCAGAAGAAUGCUGGUCCAGGACCGUGCGGCGCCGGCUGCUCCCAAAUCGCCCAAGACCCAGAUGCAGGGUCAGAUCAGGGCGGCCCUCCCGACCCUGCAUCAGAACCAUCGGUUCUCCGAGCCCAAGAGCCUCGAUUUCUCCACCUGGGCGUCUGAGAAUCUGUACAAGAUCUUCACCGUCGGCGUCCUCAUAGUCACGGUGGCCGCGUUCUUGUUCCUCUACAACGUCGGCGACUCGGCAGCUCUCCUCUGCUUCAAGAACACCCAGUCCGAGAGCCUCCAGGCCCUCCAAUUCCCUCGCGUCGACUGGGGUUCGGUCGCCGGGGUCACCGACAAGUCCUCGCCCUAUGCGAAUUUCCGAUCGGAGAGGUGGAUCGUGGUCUCGGUCUCGAGUUACCCGUCGGAGUCGCUGAAAAAUCUCGUGAAGCUCAAGGGGUGGCAGGUCCUGGCGAUCGGUAAUUCCAGGACCCCGGCCGAUUGGAAGCUCAAAGGUGCGAUUUUUCUGUCAUUGGAGCAACAGGCCACUUUGAGUUUUCGGGUAGUCGAUUACUUGCCUUAUGAUUCGUAUGUUAGAAAGAGCGUUGGGUAUUUGUUCGCGAUCCAGCACGGGGCGAACAGGAUCUUUGAUGCGGAUGAUCGCGGGGAGGUGAUUGAUGGGGAUUUGGGAAAGCAUUUUGAUGUUGAGCUGGUUGGUGAGGGUGCUAGGCAAGAUAUUAUAUUGCAGUAUAGUCACGAGAACCCAAAUAGGACUAUCAUUAAUCCGUAUAUUCAUUUCGGACAGCGGUCUGUAUGGCCUAGGGGAUUACCAUUGGAAAAUGUGGGUGAAGUUGGCCAUGAGGAGUUCUACACUCAGGUUUUUGGUGGGAAGCAACUUAUACAACAGGGCAUUUCAAAUGGCUUGCCUGAUGUUGAUUCGGUGUUUUAUUUCACUCGAAAAUCGGGUCUGGAGGCCUUUGACAUUAGAUUUGAUGCGCACGCUCCAAAAGUGGCAUUACCGCAAGGAAUGAUGGUGCCUCUCAAUUCGUUCAAUACUAUGUAUCAUUCCUCGGCAUUUUGGGGUCUGAUGCUUCCCGUCUCCGUCAGCACUAUGGCUUCUGAUGUACUGAGGGGAUAUUGGGCACAGAGGCUCUUGUGGGAAAUCGGUGGUUAUGUCGUUGUUUACCCGCCUACCGUCCAUCGAUAUGACAGAAUUGAGGCAUACCCAUUUUCUGAGGAGAAGGAUCUUCACAUUAAUGUUGGCCGUCUAAUCAAGUUUUUGGUUUCGUGGAGAUCAAGUAAGCACAGAUUGUUUGAGAAGAUAUUAGAGUUGAGCUAUAAGAUGGCAGAGGAGGGUUUUUGGGCCGACAAGGAUGUGAUGUUUACUGCUGCUUGGCUCCAGGACUUGCUCUCUGUUGGAUACCAACAACCCAGACUCAUGUCAUUAGAGUUGGAUCGGCCUCGAGCAAGCAUUGGCCAUGGGGAUCGGAAGGAGUUCAUCCCUCGAAAGUUGCCAUCAGUUCAUCUGGGAGUCGAGGAAACUGGGACUGUUAACUAUGAGAUUGGCAACUUGGUUCGCUGGAGAAAGAAUUUUGGGAAUGUGGUGCUUAUUAUGUUCUGCAGCGGGCCUGUGGAGCGCACAGCUCUUGAAUGGAGAUUGCUUUAUGGCCGGAUUUUCAAAGCUGUUGUCAUAUUGUCAGAGCAAAGAAAUCCUGACCUUGCUGUUGAAGAGGGUCACCUAGACCAAGUUUACAAACAGCUGCCAACUAUAUUCAAUAGAUUUACCAGUGCAGAAGGAUUUAUGUUCCUCCAGGAUGACACAAUUCUUAAUUACUGGAAUCUGCUACAAGCAGACAAAAGUAAACUGUGGAUCACUGAUAAGGUAUCAAAUUCUUGGACCAUGGUUUCUGCGAGUGGCAACUCCGACUGGUUUUCGAAACAAGGGGAAUUGGUAAAGAAGGUCGUUAGCUCGAUGCCAGUUCACUUCCAGGUCAGCUACAAAGAAGCUGUCAACAGUCAACAGAGCUUCGCUAUUUGCAAUUCUGAAGUGUUUUACAUCCCUAGACGAUUUGUCGCCGACUAUGACGAUCUGGUUAGUUUGGUGGGCGAUCUAGAUAUACAUCACAACGUUGCAAUACCCAUGUUUUUCUUGUCAAUGGACUCCUCUCAGAAUUUCGAUUCGGUCUUUAGCACAAUGAUCUACAAAAGAAAACCCCCAUCAAGUAAUUCGACAUUUUAUUCCGCCCAAGCACCGGCAGUACAUCCUUGGAAUGUAUCAAGUGAACAGGAGUUUAUUAAACUCAUCAGGCUAAUGGCCGAAGGUGAUCCUCUUUUGAUGGAGUUGGUUUGAACAUGUAAAGCUGUCGGAUUUUGCUGAGAAAUGGACACAUAGAGGAGCUGCACUGGAAAGAACAGAGAAUUAUGUACCGAAAACGAAGAUCAGGUGGUUAAAUUGUAUCGAUAAGUCCUUUUUGACCUUCAUUUAACUUUACAAUUUUAACCUUGGGAGGAAGAAACUAUCUUCCCUUCUUUUUCUUUUCUUGUAUAUUAGCCUUGUACCAUUCAUUUUGUGACUGGGAAGCCUCUCCGAGGACAUGAUAUCUUCAUUCGUAAUUUCCUCGUGAAUAUAUCAAAAGGAAAUUUGUUUUUCUCGA